AUGCGCCAGCCUAUUGGUGUUGCCGCGUGCAUGACGCCGUGGAACUUCCCUAUUGCCAUGAUCACGCGCAAAGCGGGCGCUGCGCUGGCCGCUGGGUGCACGACGGUGUGGAAGCCAGCUGGGGAGACGCCUCUUUCGGCUCUCGCGCAGGCUGUGCUUGCUCAGGAAGCUGGGUUUCCCAAAGGAGCGAUCAAUGUUGUACUUACGCUGGACAAUGUCGCCGAGAUCGGCAAGAAGCUCUGCGAAGACAAGCGCGUGCGCAAGAUGUCCUUCACUGGCAGCACACGCGUAGGCAAGAUCCUGGCUGCGCAGUGCGCCAACUCGCUUACCAAGCUGACCCUCGAGCUUGGCGGUAACAGUCCGUUCAUCGUCUUCGACGACUGCAAGAUCGAGACGGCUGUUGAGGCGGCUAUCAUGGCGAAGUUCAGGAACAGCGGGCAGACGUGUGUGACGGCGAAUCGGAUCUUUGUGCAAAAGGGGGUGUAUGAUGAGUUUGCGAAGGCGCUGACGGAGAGGAUCAAGGGGUUGAAGGUUGGGGCGGGUUGGGAGAAGGAUGUGUUUGUUGGGCCGUUGACGCAUGAUCGUGCGGUUGAGAAGGCGAUGGGGCAUAUCGAGGAUGCCAAAAAGCACGGCGCAAAAGUAAUCCUCGGCGGCGCCCCUCUCGACACCACCCACAAAGGCUACUUCAUCCAACCCACCGUCAUCACCCACAUGUCCCGCGAAAUGCUCACCACGCGCGAAGAGACCUUUGCGCCCGUCGUCGCCCUCUACGAGUUCUCAACCGAAGAAGAAGUCAUCGCCACCGCCAAUGACUGCGACGUGGGGUUGGGAAGCUUCAUCCAGACGGAGAAUAUCGCGAGGAUGUGGAGAGUCAGUGAAGCACUGGAGGUGGGGAUGGUGGGUGUGAACUUGGGGCUGUUGAGUGCGAGUGAGAGCCAGUUUGGAGGGGUCAAGGAGACGGGGUAUGGGACCGAGGGGGGCAUUCAUGGGAUUAAGGAGUAUUUGGUUUGGAAGAGUAUUUUGAUCAAUGUGGCGAACUGA